AUGUGGCGAUGCAUUGACAUACGAUUCGGCUUUCUGAAGGCAUUGUGUUAUGCUGGCGUCCAGCGACAGUCUCCAAGACAGGAAGGGUCGGGUCUGCAGGCAUCUGCCAGCCUGCAUCCUAUCGCGCAAUCACCAGGCCGGUCUUCUGAUCGGCUGAUAUGCGGGCUCUGCCAUGCCUGCCGUCGCCUCGGGUCAGGAUCACCCGGAUCCGCUGACAUCCAUACCCACAUCCAAGGCUGUCUGUAA